CAACACCUCAGUGCCCUGCUCCAGGAGCUCAUCCAGAUCCCAAGGCAGCUAGGAGAGGUGGCCGCCUUCGGAGGGAGCAACGUGGAGCCCAGCAUGGCCAGCUGCUUUCGCAUGGUGAGCUAGGAUUUACGUUGGUCAAACUAAGCAUUAGCUACUACUGUUAAGUAUAGCUCAAGGUUUUCCUCAUGUUAGUCCCUGUUAUUGUGCAAUAUUACAAAAAUAAGUCUAGAAGUAAAAUCCAAUCUGUGUUAGAAACUGUCAUUAGAUUUCCUCCAAUCUUGAUAUGUGAUGCUGUUUAUUUUCAAGCUGGAUUUUGAACAUUCUUUAUGCAUUUGUAAGGUGUACUUUAAUCCAUUGUGUGAGCAGCCGACUAAUGUCACAGAGGAUUUGAGGCUAUUUAUAAACCAUGGUGGAGAAAUGCAGAUGCCUAAACACUGUGAGCUCUAUUAAACUGAGCAUCUAUGAUGACAGUUAUGUUAACUCAAACCCUAUAAUGUAAAAAGUAAAACAUUCAUGAUGAAUACUGUGAGACAUCAAUGCCUUGUUUCUGAUAGACUCUUAUAGAUUAGUCAGUCAUAUGUCUGCUGCCUUAGUCUCAUCUUGACAUGUCUGAGAUUAGUAUACACUAAACUGUUUGAAGGGGUCAUGGCAUUUUAAUAGGCUGUGUUAUCUGAAAGGGCUAAUCACCACAGGCUCUGUCACUCUGACCUUGUGCUGUCUGUCAGUUUACUUGUGUGGGCUUUACUGGGACACUUAUGUGUACAUUGGCGUAUUGUGUACGUUGUGUGUAUUUGUACAUGCACACGCAUUUUGCAUAUCUGUUUGUGUAGUAAAUAUGUGAUUUGUCCUCUUAUGUACCCCUGAAAGAUACCCAGCAGUCCCUUACUCCAGUAGCAUCGGGAUGCUACUAUAGUAGACAGGCUUUAUCAGGCUCCACAGCUGUAUUAGAGCACACCACUGGAACCCAAACGGGAAUAGCAACUUAAUUAUGUCAUUUCUCUCAUGUAGGCCCUUAAGAAAUUAAACAUGGAGUGCCUUUCAAACCCUUUUACAUUUUAAUUAUAAUUUUGUCCAGUAAUGAACAUUAGUGACUCAUGAGAAUUUUCUUUAACAUUUCUUAUCAUCAAUUUCAUGACUUAUUUCUGGCAAUAAAUGACUGUGAGGCUAGAGUAAUUUACUACAGCUCUACUAAGUCAGUCUCUGAAGGGAACUACUGCCCUCAGGCUGCCAGAGAGCAUAUGCCCUGCCUCAGGAUCUCUGGUGGUCUCAUUGUCCUCCUCUCCUCUCAUCCCAACCAUGUGGCUGCAGGCUCAUGGGAAAACCUCCAUCCAGCUGCCCCAGUCCGUGGUGGGCUGCCCGUGCUGCAGUGAGUGGUCCAGGCAGAGAACGCCCAACACCAGGCCAAGUGCU